CACAAAUUACAACAGCGGAAUACCCGUCGGGGAGACAGCGCGAGAGAGAGAUGGAGAAAAGGAGAAAUGAAAAGAUACCAGACAUAGACUAAAGGGACAGAUAGAUUAAAGCAGAGUUGAGCUUUCUUUCAAAACCUUCCCGGCGGAGGGGGGAUGAAAACAUACGCAGAUUUUUUUCCCUAGCCUUUGAAAAUGAGCUAAGGUGAAACGUUUCCAGAACAACGAUAAUGCUUUUGUAGUUCCAAAUUGAUUGUUUUAGGCGCGUUAUUUAUGCGCGGUAGUAUGCGUGGAUGAAAUGAUCAUGUAUUGGUGCUUAAACUAAGAGGAAUAAGGCAAACUCUUUAAAUAAUUAAGUUAAGUUAAUCGAGCAUGUCAUAUGAGUUUACCAUUUGGUUCGGGAUAGAAACAAGGAUUUGACGCGCUCUCUUGGACUCUUAGACUUAUGUCCAACAUAUUGCAAGACGAGUCAAAUUUAUUGUUUUAUUUCACUGAAUCGGAUAUCGGAAUAGCAACCGAAACAAAACAGAACCGCAAACUAACCGUUGGAUUAAACUGUGAGUAGAGCGAAAAAAAACUGCCCACGUUUCUUUUGAAAUGUUGGAUGCCUGAGGUUCAGUGUAAUUAAAAUGUGUUUUGUUUCAGUGUAAUACAGAAAUUGCACGAACAUUUGUGAAACAGGUAAUUUAAAGGCUAGUCUUAAAACGUCUUAGCUAACCGUUAUUGGCAUUCCGUGUCCCGUGCACACGCGCCUUCACGUUUACUUGUAACGGUAUAAAGACAUUUUUGAGAGAAUUUGGUCGCUGAAGUGCGUAAUUAAUUUAAUUUGUGGUUUGUGUAGUCGUAUAUGUAAACGAAGACGACCCUUCUAUCUUUCCUCUUAUCCAUCUACACAUUCUCUCCCUGGAUUCAUCUAUAAUUUUGUGUGAUUCAGAGUCUGAGUUCACCGGUCAGUAUGUUUGUGUCCGUGUGGUACGCGAAGAAAAUGGGCCGGCGCUUCAUCAACAACGUGAGGAAAGCGAAGAAGCAGAGGCAAAGAAUGCUGGCCAACUCCCCUCCUGUGGUUGUUAACACUGAGACACUUGAUGGCUCCCCCUACGUGAAUGGUACAGAUGGAGAAGUGGAGUAUGAAGAGAUCACAUUGGAGAGGGGGAACUCAGGUCUGGGCUUCAGCAUUGCUGGAGGGACAGAUAACCCCCACGUGGGUGAUGAUCCCAGCAUCUUCAUCACCAAAAUCAUUCCUGGGGGCGCGGCCGCCCAGGAUGGCAGACUCAGGGUGAAUGACAGCAUCCUGUUUGUGAACGACGUGGACGUGCGGGAGGUGACGCACAGCCUGGCCGUGGAGGCGCUGAAGGAGGCCGGCGCCAUCGUCCGGCUCUACGUCCUGCGCCGAAAACCCGCGGCGGAGAAAGUCACCGAGAUCAAACUGAUCAAGGGCCCCAAAGGCCUGGGCUUCAGUAUAGCUGGAGGCGUUGGGAACCAGCACGUACCCGGAGACAACAGCAUCUACGUCACCAAGAUCAUCGAGGGCGGGGCCGCACACAAGGAUGGGCGGCUACAGAUUGGAGACAAAAUACUGGCUGUGAACACAGUGUCUCUGGAGGACGUGAUGCACGAGGAUGCGGUGGGGGCGUUGAAGAACACGGCGGAGGUGGUGUACCUGAGGGUGGCCAAGCCCACCACCCUGUACCCCACCGACAGCUACAACCCCCCCGACCUCACCAGCUCGUACUCUCCACACAUGGACAAUGAGAUGGGCCAUCCCAACUACCUGACCUCGGAAUACCCACAAGCCCUCACUCCCACCUCCCCACGCAGGUAUUCUCCCAUCCCCAAGGGCAUGAUGGGAGAUGAUGACAUACCAAGGGAGCCCAGGAGGGUUCUCAUCCACCGGGGCUCCACGGGGCUGGGCUUCAACAUCGUGGGCGGUGAGGAUGGCGAGGGCAUCUUCAUCUCCUUCAUCCUGGCGGGGGGGCCGGCCGACCUGAGCGGGGAACUGCGCAAGGGCGACCAGAUACUGAGCGUUAAUGGAGUGGACCUUCGGCAUGCCACACAUGAGCAGGCUGCUGCUGCACUGAAGAACGCCGGACAAACUGUCACCAUCAUCGCCCAGUACAGACCCGAGGAGUAUAGCCGUUUUGAGGCGAAGAUCCACGAUCUGCGGGAGCAGCUCAUGAAUAGCAGUAUGGGCUCUGGGACCACAUCACUGAGGAGCAACGCCAAGAGGAGCUUCUACAUCAGGGCCCUGUUUGACUACGAUAAGACCGCAGACUGUGGCUUCCUGAGUCAGGCGGUGGGCUUCCGCUUUGGGGAGGUGCUGCACGUGCUGGACUGCGGGGACGAGGAGUGGUGGCAGGCGCGACGGGUCAGCAUCCAGGGCGAGUGCGAUGAGGUCGGGUUCAUACCCAGCAAGAGGAGGGUUGAGCGGAAGGAGUGGUCGCGAAUGAAGACGAAAGACAGGGACCGAAGUCGAGACAGCAUAGGAUCGCAAGGGAGAGAUGAUUUCAUACAGAGCUACGAGAUGGUCACGCAAGUGGAAGUGCAUUACGCGCGGCCGAUCAUCAUCCUCGGUCCGACGAAGGACCGCGUGAACGAUGACCUGCUGUCUGAAUUCCCCGACAAGUUUGGGUCCUGUGUUCCCCACACCACGCGGCCCAAGCGGGAGUAUGAGGUGGACGGGCGGGACUACCACUUUGUGUCGUCACGGGAGCAGAUGGAGAAGGACAUUCAGAGCCACCGCUUCAUCGAAGCCGGGCAGUACAACAGCCACCUGUAUGGCACCAGCGUCCAGAGCGUCCGAGAGGUGGCAGAGCAGCAAGGGAAGCACUGCAUCCUGGACGUGUCAGCCAAUGCCGUGCGGAGACUGCAGGCCGCCCAGCUCCACCCCAUCGCUAUCUUCAUCCGCCCCAGAUCUCUGGAAAAUAUUUUAGAGAUCAACAAGCGCCUGACUGAGGAACAGGCUCGGAAGGCCCUGGACCGCGCUGUGAAACUGGAACAGGACUUCAUCGAGUGCUUCUCAGCCAUUGUGGAAGGAGACAGCUUCGAGGAGAUCUAUCACAAGAUUAAGACAGUGAUCGAGGAGCAGUCUGGGCCAUACAUCUGGAUUCCUGCCAGGGAGAGACUGUGAGCCUGUCCCCCAUCCAGCCAUCAUCUCCUCUGUCAGCUUGAAACGCACUCUGAGAGAGAGAGGGGGAGAGAGAAAAGGGGACUCAAAUAGCUGACCAGCUCUGUCAACCCUAUUCGCCAUGACCAGACUCAUGAAUCAUGUCUGAGAGAGAGCAAGAAAGAGAGUGAGAGUGAGAGAGAGAGAGAAAGAAAGAGAAAGAGAGAGAGAGCGAGCGAGAGAGAGACUGAACCCCCUGUUCCCCUGUCUUCCCAUUUCUUUGUAAAUCUCUUUCUAUGGCCCCUCUCCAGUGAAAUCCAGUCAGUGUCUGUCUGUGAGUGCGUUCUGGGAGAGACGGUGGUGAAGGGGAGAGGGGAGAAUGGGAGAUGAGGCUUUUGGGCCGGGGGAUAAGCACAGGGAAAUGGUCCCCGCCCAACAGUCCGGUUCCUUCCCUCUCUGCAUCUCUCUCUCCCAUUCUUCGCUCUCCUCCUCUGUCCGUCCUUCUCUUUCUCCCUCUCUCCAUCACUCUGUCUCACCAGCUGCUUCCGAUACUACCUUAAGCCAUCCGUUUAGAGUGGUUCAUCCCGCCUCGUCUGGAAAAAGUGGACAGAUGAUUACCGGACACGACACAGAGGAAAACGCAACGCUAGGGAAACAGCAGCCCCCCGUUCCUUCCCUCUUCGCUCUCAUUCCCCUCUCCUCUUACCAGACCCCGCUCUCUGUCCACUCUGGACAGAGAGGGACGGGGAGGGUGUGAGAGGGAGAAAGAUAAAGUGAACGGUCUGCUUAGGAAUGGAUCGAAUUUCAAAAGAGGACCCAAAAUUACAAGAGACAAUCUCACAAUGAAAAAGUGGACGAGUAACUGAAAAAGUGAGAACCUAUUUAUUAACAAUAAUAAUAUGAAUAACUAUAAUGUUGUGAAUUAUGGCCUUUGUUCAGAAAAAGACACGGUCACGCUCUCACUCUGUCACCCACGCAGAGAGGAGAUCAGACACAUGGAAAAAUGGAAAAAUAAUUUGACCCAAAAGCCCCCUCUUCUGCAGAAUUUGUGCAUGCUUUCUUAAAGACGUGUGAGACGGCAGCAAAAGGAAGAAGGAAGGAGAGAGCACCAGGAAAUCAAGAGACGAAGAAGAAAAGAGAAGGAACAAAGCGAGGAGGAAGAUUGACUUGUUUUUUGGCUCGCUCUGCUGAUCCUCUUGAGGGUGCAGUCAUUGUGUGAGGUCGCAAGAGAGAAAAACCAUGAUAGUGAGAGAGGGAGGGAAGGAGGGAGAGAUGUGCUUAUGAGAGAAACAAAUGUGUUGAGAUUAGAUAAAAACACUACAUUGUAUUUCCCUCAACACAAAAUGAGAAGUGACCCUGUUUGUCCUGAGGCUUUGUCUUCUCCUUCAUGGCUGAAACACGCAGCUUCGGUUUUUCCCCCGUCCCUCAACACAUCUCCGGCUAAAGCUCUCUCUCUUUCUCAUCCACUUUCUCACAGAGGGAUGCUACAUAUAGGCAACAAAUUUAGACAAAUGUAUAAAUUAAAUUAUAUCUAUAUUUUUAACAGACAAACAAAGAAACAUUCUAACAGGACUUUGAAUCUUGAACAAAUGGAAUAUCUUACGCAAUUUUAAUUUUGAGGGAAAUGUGCUUUUUUUGGCGGGGGUGGGGUGAUGGGAGGGGAGGGGGGUGGUUUAUUUGCGUUCUGCCAUUUUUGGGGUAAAUGUUUUAGCAGUGGUCUGUUUGCAUUCUGCGCUGCAUAAAAAUGUGCAGCAAUAUUCAUACACGGGGUCAGAGGGAAUGCAGAGAGUGGGAAGCCUCUGCACUUUACGGUGUUAAAUGUGUUCCUGUGGACGCCUUGUCUCCUCUAGGGGGAGCUCUCAAGCUCCUUUUUGGCUCCCCCUAAACCCCUCAGUGGUCAAAGUAGGUGAUACAUAUUCUCCAAAGUAUCAUUUUGGACCCAACAGUAAUUUGCCUGUUCUCAUAAUGGUCUUUACAAACCUACGAAAAUAUCCUGUAGGACAGACCAGUUUGGAAUAGCAUUUAGGCCAAUUUACUUACAGGACAGGCAAAUGAGGUGGAUGUGGCCAGUCGGAUAGAAUUUUUUUUUGAGGGCAUACGUGCUUAUUGGCUACCCGUUUAAAAGUAAGGUCAUGUGACACAGAUAGCGAUCUCCUGUCGAGAACCUGGCAGUGUCAUUUAGAAAACGAUCGCAGAUUAAUGGUUCGCGUGUUUCCCAUCUUUCACGGGAGGAAACCGCGCUGACCGUUCGAGCGCUUUCUGACACAAAGGGUUCCAACAAAAACAGCGGCUGAUUACCGCCGUUGCUAAUAUCAAGCUGACGUUGGCUAAUCGCCAGUAUCCCGCAGCUUUUGUAAACCUUAAUUGGUUUGACAGGAGUGAGCCGGCCUAUUGGACGUAUUCUCCGUGGAAGGCGUUUCAUACCUUUAUACCUCAGAGGAAAAAGAAAGCUUUUUAAACCGACGCAUCCCCCCUGAGUUCAUCUCUCCAAGCGCUCCUGCGGUCGUCGAUGAAAGCUCUCUCGCCUCGCGUUUGACUCUUAUUUGAAUGGCGUAACGACCUUGUGCGCACUGGAUGACGCAGAGCAGAACGCCGAGCAGAAACGAUGCCGUUCCACCGCAUCUCCACACAGCGCUGGUCAGUGUCCGCCACUGCUCGCACGGACAGAGCUUUCAUUGUCAGUGUGUUGGCACUGUCGGUCCCCAGAGAGUCACAUGACUUCCCCCCCCAAGUGCCAGGAUGAACCAGUGUUCUGUAAGGCCACAGAAAUGUCCCAUUGCUUGCCGCCAUCGGUUGAGAAACAUACUCGUGUAAUGAAGUGAAGGUGGCAGACACCACCGUCGGUGGCUGUUUGUGUGAUAUAUAAAUAAUAUUGUUAUAAUCUAAUACACUGUAUGGGAGCUUGGC